ACACUUGCCUUGUAGCUCAACUGAUAAAGAAUCCGCCUAUAGUACAAGAGACUUCAGUUCAAUCUGUGAAUUGGGCAGAUCCCCUGAAGAAGGGAAUGGCUACCCACUCCAGAAUUUUUACCUGGAGAAUUUCAUGGACAGAGGAGCCUGAAAGUGAAAUCAAUCCUCAGAGGAACUCACCAAAGAACAAACUAACUGAUACACUACAUAUCCAAAGUCUCCUAUAUUCUGGAGUUGUGUGAUGAGAUAAACUGUCUUCAAAAUACCCAAGCGUAAGAAUUUCCUGUUUCAGUGACACGGUGAUAAGAAAUGUACUUUUUUCACUAUUGUUUCACUCUGGGCCUUCACAGGGCAGUCUGUGAAGACCACGGACAUUGUUUGAUUUUUCACAGUAACCUGGCCACUCACGAGAAGAGGCAGGACUCUGGCCUGUAGAAGUUUCCAUAGAGCAACAUCCUUGACAUUAAACAGCCACAGAGAUGAAGAACCAAGAGGAAAACUACUCAGAACCAAGUCUGGUUAAGGACACCAGGAGACAGCAAAUGAGAGAUUCACCGUCAGCUCGAGAGAAGCUCAUUGUUGUGAUCCUGGGAAUCAUCUGUUUUGUCUUGAUGUAUACUAUAGUGAGAGUGAUAACUUCUAUUCCACGUACCCAAAUAUCAGAACAGAAUAAGUCCUCUCUGGUAACAAAGCUCCCGAAAGAAUGUCAUUGUGGUCAUUGUCCACAAGACUGGCUUACAUACUCCAACAACUGCUAUUAUACUAGUUUGGAAAAAAAAUCGUGGCAUGAGAGUUUGAUAUCCUGUGCUGCUAAGAAUUCUACUCUGCUUUAUAUAGAUAAUGAAGAGGAAAUGAAAUUUCUGAUGUCCCUAUCAAUUGUAUCGUGGAUUCAAGUCUCUCGUGAAGGCCGAGGUCAUCCUUGGAAGUGGCUAAAUGGUUCAAUUUGCAAACUACAGAUAACAGACAAAUUACCUGGUGAACAUAACUGUGCUGUACAAUCUUUAUGGGAAAUAAGAGCAGAAGACUGUCAGUUUACAAAUGCAUAUCAUUGCAAGCAUAAGCUUGAGAAUUAAAAUAUGAGUUUGGAUGCUGUUGGGUAACUUGAGUUUUUAUGAAAUGGAAAUAAUAUUCUGAUUGCAUACAUUUUAA